AUGCAUACGCCUUCGUUCGUCCAGCUGCUGGCUACAGGCCUGGUCGCCUCCUCGACCGUUGCCAGCUUCCAGUUCCCCGCCGCCGGGGCCAUCUCCCUCCGCAGUGUCGGGACUCUGGUCGCCAUCGCCGCUCCGGCCCUUGCCCUCCCGGCCGCUAUCGAGGAGCGUGAGCCUCACCAUCAGGGGAAGAAGAAGAAGCAAAACCAGCGAGAUCUGUCUGCCGUUGGCGAGAUCGAAGCUCGGGAGCCCCACCACCAGGGCAAGAAGAAGAAGCAGAACCAACGUGAUCUGUCUACUGUUGGCGAGAUCGAAGCCCGUGAGCCUCGUAUGUUCAGGCUACCUUGA